AUGAACGUCCACAAAGCUGCCCAGCUAUCGGGUCAACAAUGCUGCAUGGAGAUCAGGUCUCUAAGAGAUGCGUGUGAACUGAUGAAUCAGGGCAUCCUGGCAUUGGUGUCAUCGACAGGCUGCGCUGCGGCUCGCGCUUUGCAGUCCCUUACGGACGCCAUGCACAUCCCUCACCUGUUCAUACAGCGUGGAGGACACGGAGCUCCGCGCGCAGAGUGUUCGUUCAACACCAGACCCGACGCAGAGACGUACACGCUAGCUGCCCGGCCGCCUGUACGCCUCGACCACGUCCUGCUCACGCUCCUGUCUGACCUGCACUGGCGCAAAUUCAUCAUCUUCUAUGAUGCAGAGUAUGUGAGUGACUUCGUCAUCGUCACCAUCACCAUCAUCAUGAAAAGUACAGUGAGUGACUUCGUCAUCGUCACCAUCACCAUCAUAAAUACAUCUCCUGUCUCUAACCAGUCUCCUGUUGCUAACUCGUCUCCUGUCUCUAACCAGUCUCCUGUCACUAACCAGUCUCCUGUCACUAACUCAUCUCCUGUCUCUAACCAGUCUCCUGUCACUAACUCGUCUCCUGUCUCUAACCCGUCUCCUGUCUCUAACCCGUCUCCUGUCUCUAACCCGUCUCCUGUCGCUAACCCGUCUCCUUCUCCUGUCUCUAACCAGUCUCCUGUUGCUAACUCGUCUCCUGUCUCUAACCAGUCUCCUGUUGCUAACUCGUCUCCUGUCUCUAACCAGUCUCCUGUCACUAACCAGUGUCCUGUCACUAACUCAUCUCCUGUCUCUAACCAGUCUCCUGUCACUAACUCAUCUCCUGUCUCUAACCAGUCUCCUGUCUCUAACCCGUCUCCUGUCUCUAACCCGUCUCCUGUCGCUAACCCGUCUCCUGUCGCUAACCCGUCUCCUGUCUCUAACCAGUCUCCUGUCGCUAACCAGUCUCCUGUCGCUAACUCGUCUCUUUCUCCUGUUGCUAACUCGUCUCCUGUCUCUAACCAGUCUCCUGUCUCUAACCAGUCUCCUGUCGCUAACUCGUCUCCUGUCUCUAAUCGUCUCCUGUCUCUAACUCGUCUCCUGUCUCUAACCCAUGUGGGCGGAUUAAAGGCGUUUCUGGAUCAGGCAUCUCGCACCGGGUUGGACGUGUCUCUGCAGCAGGUAGAGCGGAACGUCUCGAAGGUUUUCCUGACGCUCUUCAGCACGAUGAAGACAGAAGAGCUGAACCGUUACAGAGACUCUCUGAGACGUGCCAUCUUACUAUUGAGUCCGCGUGUCGCUCACGCCUUCAUCAACCAGGCUGUCGAGACGAACCUCGCAUCCAAGGACUCUCACUGGGUUUAUGCAAAUGAAGAAGUGAGCGAUGCUGACAUCAUGGAUCUUGUCCACACGUCUCUGGGUCGUCUGACGGUCAUCAGGCAGAUUUUUCCCGAGUGGAGAAACAACAACGCUCAGUGCAGGAGGAAAAACCAGAGAGUUAAGUCACUGCUGUGUGAACCUCAAGAGGAGUACCUACACAGCCUGGAGGUCUCCAGUCUCUACCUGUAUGACAGCGUGUUGAUGUUGGCGAAUGCAUUCUACAGGAAGUUAGAAGACAGGAAGUGGCACAGCAUGGCGAGUCUGAGCUGCAUGAGGAAAUCGACUAAACCUUGGAACGGAGGCUGGUCCAUGCUCGACACCAUCCAGAAGGGGCGGAUCUCAGGCCUGACCGGACUGAUGGAUUUCCGCAAUAAUGGAGCGAAUUCUCACGCUCAGUUUGAGAUCUUGGGGACGGCGUACAGCGAGACGUUCGGAAAAGACGUCAAACGCUUAGCAGUAUGGGACUCUCUCCGCGGCAUGAACGGUAGUUUGAAGGAGAGUAAAGUGGACAGCGGGAUGCAAGGGGUUUUGCUGAGAGUCGCCACAUUACUGGAGGAGCCCUUUGUGAUGGCAGCGGAGAACACACUUGGACAACCGAAGCGAUAUAAAGGCUUCUCCAUCGAUGUGUUAGAUGCUCUGGCAAAAACUCUCGGCUUCAAAUAUGAGAUUUAUCAGGUCGCAGAUGGAAAAUACGGCUCUCCACAACCCAACGGCUCCUGGGACGGUCUGAUCGGGGAACUCACCAACAAGAGGGCAGACAUGGCGAUCGCAGCAAUCACCAUCACUCCAGAACGCGAGGGUGUGGUCGACUUCACUAAGCGCUACCUGGAUUACUCUGUAGGGAUCCUAAUGAGCAAGUCUGUGGAGAAGCUGUCGAUCUUUUCACUCCUGGCGCCCUUUGACCUGUCGGUGUGGGUGUGCCUCUGCGCUGCCGUGCCCGUGGUGGGAGUGAUGAUCUUCUUCCUGCGCCGUGUUCAGUCUUUCUGUUCACGCCGGAGUGCCGCCACUACCAACAUUGCCAACACCAGCUUACUGAACACAGUGUGGAUCAUUUAUGGAGCCUUCACUCAGCAAGGUGUGGAGUCAAUGGUUGCCUCAGUAUCAGUGAGAAUCGCAUUGGGCAGCUGGUGGCUCUUCACACUCAUCGUAUGUUCGUCAUACACAGCUAAUCUUACAGUGUACCUCACUACACACAGACUGGAUAACACUGUCAGGUCUCUGCAGGAUCUGGCGCAGCAGUCAGGCAUUAAUUACGGCACAGUGAGAGACUCGGCUGUGUUUGAAUAUUUCAAGAUGAAGGGGACGAACCCACUGGAGCAGGACAGCACAUUCUCUGAGCUGUGGAGGACCAUCAACAAACAUCAAGGACAGGAGAACUGUGUACACACUCUGGCUGAAGGCAUAAGAAAGGUAAAGCAGGAGGCGUAUGUAUUCCUGUGGGACAUGGCUGUGUUGGAGUAUGCUGCCCUGACUGAUGAUGAAUGUUCGCUCACGGCUACGUCAGACCCACAACAUACCAAAGGCUACGGCAUCGCCCUUCAGCACGGCAGUCCUCACCGAGACAUCCUCUCACACACGAUCCUCGAGCUGCAGCAGCAUGGUGAUGUGGAUGUGUUAAAGCAAAAGUGGUGGCCACGUAAAGGCCGCUGUAUCAAUGAGCGUCGCUCGGAGAGUCGAGCUUUAACACUGCACGCGCUCUCUGGAGUGUUCUGUUUACUUGCUCUAGGCCUGUUCGUAUCAGGCCUGGUGGGGGCGCUGGAGAGCUGGUACACACACACCCCUUGCAGAACCAUUACACAGGAUAAGGAGGUGGACUUGGAGCAGGUCCAGCAGCGGUUCAGUGGACUCAUUAGCGAUGAUGAUUUAUCGCAUAAACAGCUUCCUGCUUCACCACUGGACGUCUCUACUCUAGACGUUGGCACCAUCUGUCAGCGUCAGGACUCCCGUGAUACCAUGCCCCCAUUUCCUCCCGGGGCUCUGUCUGUUCCCUCACUUUAUUCUGAAAGUGGUGUUGGGGGUGUGGCCAGCAGAAACAUGCCCCUCCCCCUUUCCAGCUCCACACUGCCCCCUCCCUCGCGCUGUAAACAUCGGGCACCAAAUGGAGGAAUUUUACACCAAAGUCCCAUAAAAAUGCCAGUUAAAUACCAGCCAGUGCCCAGCAGAGCCAUGGAUACCAAUCACGGCACCUCGAUAUGACAUCAUACAACCGAAACCUCUACCGCCUGAGCCAACAGAUCCCAGUAAAUAAUAUGACGUUCAAAUAAAACAUUCUACCAAUUCACUGCUGCAUCAUAUGAGCAACUGAGCCAUCGACUAAAGUAAUGGCGCCCCCAAAUAUGAUAUUCAGCUUGCCAAUUAUAACAACAAGCAGCCAAGCAAAGACAUUGUAACUUCUGGAACAAAGCGUGAAACUAUUUUUGCUGAAAUAAAGUCACAGAGACAGAGUUUCCCAUUCCUCUGAGACUUUAACUU